UAUCGCGAAAAAAAAAAUCAACUAGUUUAAUACAAAAAAAUGGAAGACCCAAUAUCUGAUCCAAUCUAGCGCGUGCCUAUCACUCUCGCCACCAUGGCUGCUGCUUCCAAGUCCUUGAGCUUCCUGAAGCCCUUGUUCGUCUCCCUCGCUCGUCCCUCCUCCUCCUCUUCUUCUUCACUCGCACUCAGUCGCGCUCGCACAAUAGCCAUCCCCAAUCCGCUCUUCUCUGCGAACUCGAGAAGUCUCUCUUCUGUGGCGUUCGCGCAGUCUACGACCGAAAAUGGCGGUGGCGGCGGCGGCAGCAGAGCUAUCGCACCGCCGCAGACACCGGUGGUGGAGGAAUUGCAGAGGAUCGACGUAAAUCCUCCCAAAGGAACCAGGGAUUUCCCGCCCGAGGAAAUGCGGCUUCGCAACUGGCUUUUCCAGAAUUUCAGAGAGGUUUCGCGGUUGUUUGGAUUCGAAGAGGUCGAUUUUCCGGUGCUUGAGUCGGAAGCUCUGUACAUCAGAAAAGCCGGAGAGGAGAUUAGAGAGCAGCUGUAUUGUUUCGAAGACCGUGGAAAUCGCCGCGUUGCCUUGAGGCCUGAGCUGACUCCUUCUCUGGCAAGACUGGUGUUACAGAAAGGAAAAUCUCUUUCUCUCCCAGUGAAAUGGUAUGCCGUGGGACAAUGUUGGCGGUAUGAGCGAAUGACGAGGGGACGCCGUCGAGAGCACUACCAAUGGAAUAUGGAUAUCAUUGGUGUACCAGAGGUCACGGCCGAAGCGGAACUUAUUUCUUCGAUCGUCACCUUUUUCAAGCGAAUUGGAAUCACAGCAUCUGAUGUUGGGUUUAAGGUUUCAAGCCGGAAGCUUUUACAAGAAGUACUGAGCCACUACUCAAUACAUGAAGAUUUGUUUGCCAAAGUUUGCAUCAUCAUAGACAAAAUUGGGAAACUUCCAUUGGAUGAUAUUAAGAAAGAGUUGAAGGCUGUUGGUGUAUCAACAGAAGCUGUGGAGCAGAUACUGCAAGUUCUUUCAAUAAAGUCAUUGACAACAUUGGAAGAAAUAAUUGGAGGCGCUGGGGAAGCAAUUGCUGAACUGAAACAGCUCUUUUCACUUGCUGAAAAGUUUGGUUAUUCUGAGUGGGUUCAGUUUGAUGCGUCCGUUGUACGUGGUCUUGCCUACUACACUGGUGUUGUCUUUGAGGGUUUUGAUAGACAAGGAAAGUUGCGAGCCAUUUGUGGGGGUGGACGAUAUGAUCAGCUACUCUCUACUUUUGGUGGUGAUGACGUUCCUGCUUGUGGCUUUGGAUUUGGUGAUGCUGUUAUAGUAGAAUUGCUUAAGGACAAGGGGCUUCUACCGGAACUAAACCUCGAAGUCAAAAACAUUGUGUGUGCUUUAGAUCCCAAUCUUCAAGGAGCAGCUGCUACAGUUGCCACCAUUCUCAGGGAUAAGGGGCAGAGUGUUGAUUUAGUCCUCGAGAACAAACCGCUUAAAUGGGUGUUUAAACGGGCAGCGCGGAUAAAUGCUGAGAGGCUGAUAUUGGUCGGCAGUUCUGAGUGGCAACGGGGUACGGUUGGUGUAAAGAUCCUUGCUACCGGUGAACAGAAUGAGAUAAAACUGGAUGAGCUAGAGUGAGAAGAUUAGAUGACUCCAAUUUUUGUACUCUUUUUCUUUUUUUUUUUUUUGGUCUAUUUUAUUCUUAUAGGUUGAUCCAGCUUUAGCCAAUUAUUGAAUCAUUUUUUGCUCAUUUUUUCUUACGUAAAAAUAUUUUUUGGCUAAAUAUUAAUAUAACUUAACGGAGCACCAAUCAAGGCUGCUAUUUUCUUCAUGUCAAUCAUAUAUAUCUCUUCCUUUGUAGCAUCAUCUGUAUUCCCUUUUUUCGGCUCUCACUUGGAAGUGUAAAAUCUCGGUUGUGCAAAAAAAAAAAUAAAAAAGUU